AGGAACGCGGAAGAUAAUUCGGGCGUAAAUACUUGGGUGUGGAUGUGGCAAACAACACAUUGAAGUAAAUUGAAAAAAAAGGAACACGAAAGAUAAUUCGGGCGUAAAUACUUGGGUGUGGAUGUGGAGUUUUAACAUGGAGUGUAAUUUCUAAUAGGCUAUAUCUGUACAUAUAAAUAACGAGAAUUGUAGAACAUAAACAAACAAGCAGUGCGCAAUAUGUGGUAAAUAAUUUGAUUACAAACGCACUCAACUAAACAACAAGGAUAAAAGCACCAUGAAAGAAAACAACAACAAACGAAGUAAAAUAUGACAAGUGCAUUGCCCUGGCGUUACAACUUCAGUUUUAAUCAAAAUUUGCUUAGUGCAGUAGUAUACAAUUAGGUCUAUAUUAAGCAAACAAUGCCUCUUCUUCAGGCUGGAAUGUGUCCGUUACUGACUGAAAGUAUAGUUGCAAAACUAGCUUCUAAUGGAGUAAAAAGAGUAUUGGAUUUUAUUUGUACGGAACCAAGUAAAAUUACAUCUCAGUGUGAGGUUCAAUAUAAAACUGUUUUAUCGAUACGACGUGUAUUGCUUGCUGAAUAUUCAUCAUUUCCCUUGAAUGGUUUGAAUCUAUAUGAAGAAUCAAUUGCUACCCUUUCAAUUCUUUCAACAAAUUGUACAGAGUUGGAUGAUCUUUUAUCGUCUGGUAUAUUUACUGGAGAAGUGACAGAAAUCUGCGGUUCAUCUGCGGCUGGAAAAACACAAUUAUGCACGGGGCUUGCAAUCAAUAUAGCUGCCUCGUUAAGGCAAAAUGUGAUAUAUAUUGACUGCAGCUCUGGUUUUUCCCCAGAAAGGGCUGCUCAAAUGAUUAAAACAAAUUUUGGUGAGACGUUAUCACAUAUUAGAGUAUGUAAAUGCACAUCAACUUAUCAUCUCCUUGACAUAUUAUCAAUGAUUCGUGGAAAUUUAAACUCACAUGAUACUGGCUUCACCUUAAGCUUGAAAGCAAUUAUCAUUGAUUCCUUAUCAGCUGUUUUACUCUCUGAUUUAAAAAAUUUAUCAUAUGUUGAAGGACAAUCUCUGGCAACAUCAGUAAAAAAAGAAAUUAAUGCCAUAGCGAAAGAUUUUACUCUAGCUGUUGUAGUUACUACAAACACAUAUUUUAAUAUUGAUUCUGACUCUUCUCCAAAUGCUGGAUUUGGUCAUUCGUGGAAUUCUGCUGUAGCGACGCGAAUAUAUUUAUCCAAAUCAAAUGUUUUGAAAAAUGUAAAUGAUAAUUCAAUAGAACAUGGAAUUAUACCUAUUAAAGUUACUGUGUUCAAAUCUCACCAUGCAAAAAUAGGUGCUAGUAUUAACUUACAGUUAACUGAAAAAGGUUUUUGUCCACUAUAGCAGUGCUGCAUAUGAAAAUGUUUGCUAUUUGAAAUAAAUUUAGCUGUAAAGGUUUCUGUCCACUGUGGUAGUGUUGUAUAUUCAAAUGUUUCAUAUUUAAAAUGUUUUGUGUUGAAAUUGUGUUAUAAUCUUUUUUUCAUAUUGUUUAUAUCUAAAUUAUUUUGGCGUAAUGUUUAGUAAAUGCAUUGUCUCAACUUGUUUUUAUUAUGACCUUGUCAUACACAUCAUCUUCUGCGAAGUAUUGAAUUUUCUACUCCUUGAUUAUCAAGAAAUGUUUUGCUUUCAUGUGACUGUUUUGUUCUGCUCAUUAAGAGCCUUGUUAGAAGUAGCAUGGAUACUAUUAUAGCUUGAGGUUUACCGCUGCAUUUUUCAUUCCAAAUAUGUAACAAUUAUUCGGAACACUUUCUAUGACUAAUUUAGUGAUGUAUUACAUGGAUCUGAUUCUAAUCUUAACAUGGUAGGUAGACCUCAGAUAUAGAUUAGGUGACAUAUGACACUUGGCAGUAGACUUCAUGCUAUAGUAGCACCAAUUUAUGUUCCCAAAACAAUCAUAUUAAAUUGAUUGAUAAAUUGACCGACUUUUAUCUGAAAGACAUAUCUUUAAGUUGGUUCACCUCUCUAGAGACUUGGGGGGUUAUAAUUUCUCCAUUGCCUAUUUUUGUAACUAAUUGAUUAUUUUGUUCUUUGGUAGAA